AAGCUUUUGGCAUUGUAUUUGUAGGAGUUGAGUUGCGUUUGUGCUUGGUGCACCUUCAUUCAUCUUGGAUUUCAGCAGGGUGUUCGGUGGAGAGAAUUACCCUGCAAAGAUGUCGCACUAUAAUUUUAAGAAGAUCACUGUAGUUCCUACGGCGAAGGACUUCAUUGAUGUUGUUUUGUCUAAGACGCAGAGGAAGACCCCAACAGUUGUGCACAGGCAAUACCGAAUUGGUCGUAUUCGUACUUUUUAUACAAGGAAGAUCAAGUUUACCCAGCAGAACUGCCAUGACAAACUGAGUAACAUCCUCUUGGAAUUUCCGAAGCUGGAUGAUGUCCAUCCUUUCUACGCUGACCUGAUGAAUGUUCUCUAUGACCGCGAUCACUAUAAGCUUGCGCUGGGACAGAUCAAUACUGCGCUACAUCUCAUUGACAAUGUGUCCAAGGACUACGUGAGGCUGAUGAAGUUUUCAGACUCUUUGUAUAGGUGUAAGCAGCUGAAGCGUGCAGCUCUGGGAAGAAUGUGUACGAUCAUGAAGAGACAGAACCAGAGUCUUCAGUACUUGGAGCAGGUCCGUCAGCACUUGUCCCGUCUUCCUACCAUCGAUCCGAACACACGCACCUUGCUCCUCUGUGGCUUCCCCAAUGUUGGCAAGUCCAGCUUCAUGAACAAGAUGACACGCGCCGAUGUUGAAGUCCAGCCGUAUGCCUUCACAACCAAGUCACUCUUCGUUGGUCACAUGGAUUAUCGCUACCUUCGCUGGCAGGUUGUGGAUACUCCUGGUAUCCUGGACCAUGCCCUCGAGGAGCGUAACACGAUUGAGAUGCAGGCUAUCACUGCUUUGGCCCACUUGCGCGCAGCAGUGUUGUUCCUCCUGGACGGUUCUGAGCAGUGUGGGCAUAGCAUGGAAGAGCAGCUCUCACUGUUUGCAUCCCUCCGCCCUCUGUUUGCCAACAAACCCAUUCUUCUGCUCUUGAACAAGAUUGAUGUGCGUCGGCCCGACGAGUUGUCCGCAGAACACCAGGCUAAGCUCAAGGAGCUUGUUGACUCUGGUAUUCCUGUCAUGCCUAUCUCAACUAUGACAGAAGAGGGACUUGCCACUUGCAAGACAGAUGCUUGUGAUCGCCUGCUGGCGUACCGUGUCGACACAAAGCUGCGCGGCAAGAAGGGAACUUCCAUCACAUCCCGACUGCAUCUCGCACAGCCAGCUCCUCGUGACCAGAAGCAGAGGCCACCGUGCAUUCCAGCUGCCGUUGCUGCUAAGCGUGAGGCCAUGACCACUGGCGAUAAGUCACGCACACUGCGUGAUGAGGAGGUGGACGCUGGUGAGGAAUGGGUACUGGACCUGCGACGUGAGUACAACCUGAAGAAUGAAGAAGAGCGCUAUGAUGUCAUGCCCGAGAUCAUUGAUGGCAAGAACAUUGCUGACUUCAUCGAUGAGGACAUUGCCAGGCGUCUUGAUGAGUUGGAGGAAGAAGAAGGCCUUAGAGAAGAGGCGGGUGAAUAUGAAGAGGAACAGGACCCGAAUGAGGCAUUGACACUGCAAACCAGACGGCAAGUAGCUGCUAUUCGCCACCAGAGACAGCUCAUUCGACGAAACCGAAUCGACAAACACACUCGCAAUCAUCCAGUUGCUCCACGUAAGCUGCGUAUUCGGCAAGAAGCGGCUGAGGCAGCAGCUGACGACAACUAUGAGUACGAUGAUGACGAUAUGGACAUGGAUACCAGUGACAUUCUGGAUGAAGAAGGAUUCGGUCGCAAGCGCAAGCGUGGCCGCUCCGAAACCCCUCGACCGACUAAGCGUGGCCGAGACUCGUCCAAGUCACGUGUGCGCAGUGCUUCCCGCAGCUCAUCGCGAGUACCACGCGAUGUCUCCGGCCUCUCCCGAACUGCUGACAAGACGGUGGCGAACAAGAAGGCCAAGCUUGUGCAGCGUAAGUUCAUUCGGCACGGCAAGGCUGGUGAAGCAGAUCGGCACAUCGCCACCAAGAUGCCCAAGCAUCUCUUCAGCGGCAAGCGCGGCAUGGGUAAAACUGACAGAAGAUAGCCUGUGCAUAUCUCCAUCAUAUACUCUGUACAUAUACUCUGUACAUAAAACACAUAGGUUCUCUCAUGUAAAACAACCUCCAUAUAUUUUUUUUUUUCAAGGAAAUACUGUACUACAUGUAUACAGUGGGUGGUAGCAUGUGUUAGACAUUAUACAUGCACAUGUACAUCUACAUGUAGGUCAUGGUGGUGAUCAGAAAAGGUGAGAAUGUGCGGGUGGGAAUAUCGCAUAGUUAGUUGGUGCUGGGGGAUGGAGGCGUGCGGGGGAAGUGCUGAGGAUUUUUUCCCAAGGUGCACAUGCACAGCUAGCUGCUUCAAAACAAACAAAAAAACCUCAUAUUCUCCUCUUCCGAUUCUGUACAUACUUGUAUCUAUUAUUUCAUGCAACUUUUUUUAACGUCUAGUCUCUCAACUCAAUCAUAAUAAUUAUUAUUAUGGUUCCGACAUGUACCGGGGUACUGUCCACCGGUACUAAUGAAUGAGCAGUAAUGCCCCAAAACCGGGUAUAAUCA